GAAAUCGUUUUUCAUCCGUGUGCUUUCAUUGAAUAAAACGUUUUUAGAGUGAAGUUUGUUUGAACAGGCACCUGUGUGUUUAACUGUCUCGAAUUACGCAUUAACUUGGAAUCGAUCAGUUGCGAACAUGGUGUGCGCAUGCAUUAUAUACCGGACGAUUAAGAUGAAUAAAAUGAAACUUUAAGUAGUGUCGCGGAGCGUGAAUUAUUAAGCGCGAAGGGCCGAUGUACUUCGAACUAGUGCUUCUGGAUGAUAGAAAACAAUGAAGACAAUUUGAAAGUGUGGCAAUUCGAUUUGCAGGAUGUAUCCGUUUUUUUUCCCAAAGAUGGACUAAACAUUUGUGAAACACUGGGAAUGAGUUUUGUAAUAUUGUAUACAAACAAUGGCGAUUUAAUGAUUUAAGUUUUUCAUGUAUUGAAGAGUGAUUGAUACAUUUGAAUUGAUGCACGGAUUCACUCGCCAGUUAAUAAAUGAACUUAUGGAAUGUGGUGUGAUAAAUAUGCAGUAAUAUUGUAAGAUGUAUGGUGAAUUUGUGAUUGAGAACGCAACUGUUUAUGGUUCGUCAUGCAGUGGGUUGCAUUUAAUAAAUGAUGAUGUUACUAUAAAAAUAAGGGUUGAUUAAGAACAGAAUUUAGUAUGAAAAAGCCAUAUUUAUUUUGUGACACUGAGAAAAUUAAUCUGGGUUUAUUAAACUUUUGGAUUAAUACUCCCCAAACUCUAGAUAAAGAAUUAUAAAAGCGACAUUAUCUAAAGAGGGAUUAUCUUUAUCAUGUUCAUUUGGGGUGUGCAACUUCAAACUUGUAAUUCAAUUUCUAGCUUCAAUGUUUGUUGUUGUUGGGGAUGCGAAAGCGUGAACUUCGUUUCAACUAGUAUUGGUUACAAACCCGUGCACCUGUUUAGAUGGAGAACUUCCAUGAUCGAUCACCGUGAAAAAUCUCCACGAAGCUAAUUUUGAUUCUUGAAUAAUGCAACUUCUUUGGUUCUGGACCCUUGCGUGUUUGCUCAUGGAUUUCAUGGACUAUCUUCUGUCGUGUUUCAGACAACGUGAGACGGAGCGGGUUGAUAAAGAUGACACAGCGCAACAGCGGAAGCACGAUCAGAACUACUUCCGGAGCUAUGCGGACAUAGACGUGCACGAGGAGAUGUUGAGCGACACCGUGCGGACGAACGCUUACCGCUAUUCUAUCCUAAAGAACUACGAGAAGAUACGGGGCAAGGUAGUAGCUGAUGUUGGGGCGGGAACAGGCAUAUUGUCCGUGUUCUGUGUGCAAGCUGGGGCCAAGAAAGUUUAUGCAAUAGAAGCUAGUGCGAUUGCGGACCAGAUCCGGGCAGUGGUGGCCGAGAAUAACAUGUGUGACCGGAUAUCCGUUCUACACGACUCAGCAGAGGAGGUAGAACUACCGGAGAAGGUCGACGUUAUCGUGAGUGAGUGGAUGGGCUACAGUCUUCUCUAUGAGUCCAUGCUGCCUUCUGUGAUUCACUUCCGGGACAAGUGGCUCAAACCGGAUGGGUUGAUGUUACCUGCCACAGCCUCACUUUACAUAGCGCCUUUCACAGACACAGAACUAAGUAACAGAUUGGAUUUCUGGUCGGAGAUUCGUUCGGUUUACAAGAUGUCCAUGUCUUCGAUGAAGCAAUACGCUCAGAAAUGCAUAUCCAAGCAGGUCCAUGUGAUGAACAUUCCACCGGAAGCUCUGCAGGCGCAUGCACAGAAGGUGUGUCACCUUGACCUUUUGAAGGUCAAAGUGAAAGAUCUUCAGUGCGUAAAGAGUAAGUUCUCGUUCCGUUGUUUCGGGGAUAGCGUCGUUCACGGGUUUGUCACGUGGUUUGACGUCACAUUUCCGGAGAGCAUCACAUUGUCUACGUCACCCUACCAUGAGGAGACCCAUUGGUCCCAGACCGCGUUCUACAUGGAGCAGCCCUGUCACGUUACCCAGGACACCCUCAUUUCCGGUAGCGUCUCUGUACAGCCCCACCCGGGGGCAGCUAGGUUUCUCGACAUCGCGCUGACCUUCCAGGUGGACGGCGACUGUACGAGACGCCAAAGCUACUUCAUGAACGACUGCUUCGUGUGAACUUCCGGUCACUUUAACCGGAAGUGUUCGUAACAUUACCCUUUGGCGAGUAAACUGAUUGAAGCCCCACUGGCUCUGACAGCGUUACGAUAGUUACGGAUGUUGACAACAAUUGAGUCAUCGACCGGGUAAAGCCAUCACAUUACGUCUCGUGACUGCAAACGCGAUAUUUAAUUGGUCACGUGCGGUUUAAAUCACCACGUGGUGUUAAAACUAUUCAAGUGGUGUUUUACCUGUCGAGUGAUGUUUUACUGGAAACACGUUGUUAGAAUCGACAUGUGCGUGUGUCAGUGGAGAGACAACUGAUCGCUGUCGACGUCUGUGGAGAUUUAGUUGGAGUUUGAAAAGUAAUGGAAUCGUAUAGAAAACAAGUCGUUGGUCGUGUUAGAAUGUAAAAUUAUCUACUUUCAUCUGAAUCACGGUUGUAUUACCGUAUGUGAUGUGUUUGUGAUCCAUAACAAUGAAAUAAACUAAUUAAAAAGUAUGACGACCAUUGGCUGAGUUGGAAAAUUAAUUUGGAUAUUUGGGGCAUUUGCCUAGAUGUCUUUAGAUUGUAGACCACUUCCUACGUAAAACUUAAACAUUUGUGAGGCCAGACAUUAACAACUUGUUACAUGAAAUAGGCCAUAAAUAAUGAAAAGUUCUCGAAUACUUUAAAAAUAGAAACUUUUUAGUGGCUUAUAGUUGUUGAAUUAUAUCAUUCUGGUUUAAUUUGUCACGCUUUACGUCUUAAGAACUACCGGUAAAAUGCAACAUUUGCUGUGAUCUUUUAUAUUACUGCAUCAUGUACAUGUAUAUUGAUGAUUUAUUAUAUAAUAAGACAACGAAGA